AUUUAUUGCAGAAUUCAACGAAACUCAAUCCUCUCGACACUGUACAUAUUAUUGGUCAUGGACUUGGUGCCCAUGCAGCGGGAUACGCAGGCAAAUGGCUUCAAAAGAAAGCAAAAACUUUGGUUUCUCGAAUCACAGGUCUGGAUCCUUCAGGCCCCUUUUUCAAAGGUGUCGAACCAGCUGUAAGGUUAGACAAAGAUGAUGCCACUUUCGUCGAUGUCAUCCAUACCAACAAGCCGAGGAAUUCCAUAACAGGUUUUGGAAUUGAAGAUGCAAUAGGGGAUGUAGAUUAUUAUCCGAAUGGUGGAGAACUUCAGCCUGGAUGUUAUAGAAAUUUAAUGGUUAGGAAUGUGAAUGAGGACGAAUUUUUAAGUUACACUAAUGUCGAUGUUAUAUUAAAUGAAUACAUGCAUAAAGGAAUGGUUCUUAAAGACGUGACGCUAACUGUACCGCAACAUGUUUGUAGCCAUCGUCGGGCCUGUGAGUUGUUCAUCGCUAGCUUUGAUGAAAAAUGCAGAUUUGAAGCACGACACUGCAAAGAUAUUGAAGAUUUCUGGAUGCAGGAAUGUGACUCCUGUAGAGCUGAAGGAUGCCUAAAAAUGGGCUAUUACAUCAAUAGAGACAUAUAUGAAUGGGAAAAAGCAAAUGAUAUGGAAUAUUAUCUUACUACAAGGGAUACGUGGCCAUACUGCUCUGGAAGAUAAAACAGUAAAUUUAGACUUCAAAAUUUUCGAGUAAACAAAAUUGAAUGUUACAAGAAUUUAUUUGCUUUUAUAAUACUGGAAAUCAGUAAAUUUCAUAAUGUAUUGAGGUUUCAUUUUAUGACUCAAAUGAAAUUAAUGCCUCAACGUUCACCAUCCAUAUGGAAGGAUAUAUGACAGUGAGUCAAUAAACGCAUUGAAAAUCUAAA